AACCGAGCCACAUCCAAAACCUUACUGUUUACAGCAGAGCAGAGCCGACAGGGAGCUGUAGACGGGAAUUUGAGAGAGUUUGACAGAGGGAGGCUUACAAUGGUGAGGAGGACUCGCAACACCUGUGCCAGCACUGCUUCUGUCUCCUCCACCUGCGCCUGUAGCCAGACAGAGCACCAAAGCAUGGAUGCUUUUACCCAGAUUCUGGUGUGGGCUUUCAAAGACUGUAAUUUGCAAUUUCCACUUCCUGAUAUCCAGGCUGGGAGUGGCAUCCAAUGUGAAAGGUGCCUACUGGUGGAAUCUCUCAGGCAGCAGGUGGGAGAGCUACAGGAGGAGGUGGCUAGGCUGAGGAACAUCCAUAUCCAUGAGCAAUUCCUGGACAGUAUCCAUGUGGAGACAGCUGACGUAGCUGUCCCAGUUGACAGGACUACUGACACAACAGUGGAGGAGGAGAUGCCUCAGGGUGUGUCUGACACACCAGUGGAGGAGGAGGCUCAGGGUGGACACAGCCAGCUGGUUACUUCUAGCAGCAGGCAGUGCUCCACCGCUGCUGCGAACCCUCCUGCUGUGGUAAAAGAUAACCGUUAUGCUCUUCUUGAUACAGGAGAGAAGGAAUCACCCCCAACAGUUAAGGAGGUGAAGCCUCGUACCCUUAAGGCUGGGAGGUCUGCUGCCACCACUGAUAAGAAACGUAGGGUAGUGGUGGUUGGAGACUCUCUGCUGAGGGGGACGGAGACACCCAUCUGUCGCCCUGACCGUUCAUCCCGGGAGGUAUGCUGCCUGCCAGGGGCCCGUAUCUGAGAUGUUACAGAGGCAUUGUCGAGGAUUAUCCGGCCUUCUGACUACUACCCCAUGCUACUCAUCCAUGUGGGCACAAAUGAUACUGCGAGGUGUGACACUGAGCAGAUCAAGAGUGACUACAGGGCUCUGGGAGUAUGAGUUAAGGAGUUUGGAGCGCAGGUGGUAUUCUCUUCGAUUCUUCCUGUUGAAGGUAGGGGCCCGUGCAGAAACAGAUGCAUCAUGGAGGUGAAUGCCUGGCUGCGAAGAUGGUGUCACCAGGAGGGCUUUGGCUUCCUCGACCACAAGAUGCUAUUCGAGGAAGGACUGCUAGGCAGA